AUGAGCGGGAUGUCAAACCACAAGCCCCAAGCUACCCCACCACAACAUUCCAGCCGCGACACCUCAACAUGGUCGUGGUGGUAUCUAGGUCUUGGAGUCGCAGCACUCGUCGCCAUCGUCCCCGCUUUAAGCUCCAGCUCAGAAGCGCUAUGUCCUCAAGCACCUAUUCAGAAUACCCAACUGCAAGAUAGGAUGACAACGGAGAUAGCCAAGAAUUUAAGCUCAGACUGGUUUCGAGAGCAGAGCAUCAAACGAAUGACAGGUGCUAUUCAAAUCAGAACAGUCGCAUACGACGAUAUGGGUCACGUCGGCCAAGACCCUCGUUGGGAAGUUUUUGACGAGUUUGAGAAUUAUCUGCAAACCACAUUCCCCAAGGUGUAUGGCAAACUCAAACUCGACAAGGUCAACAGUCACGGACUUCUUUACACGUGGACUGGUAGUGACACAACUCUAAAGCCAACGGUUUUGAUGGCCCACCAAGACGUUGUACCGGUUCCUGAAACAACUGUAUCACAAUGGGAUUAUGCACCCUUCAGUGGAGAAUUUGAUGGUUCGUCCAUUUGGGGUAGAGGUGCUCUAGACUGCAAAAAUACGCUGAUUGCAUCUCUGGAAGCGAUAGAGGCUCUGAUAGAUGCAGGGUUCAAACCGCGACGCACCAUAAUUCUCUCGUUUGGCUUUGACGAGGAGAUCUCUGGUCACCACGGAGCCGCAUUCCUGGCAUCAUUUCUUCUCCAACGUUAUGGAGAAAAUGGUGUAUCGCUCAUCAUUGACGAAGGUGCUCCUAUUCUACCUAUCUGGGGCACUCAUUUUGCUAUUCCCGGAGUAUCCGAAAAAGGCUACGUCGAUGUUGAGAUUGUGGUCCGUACCAAGGGUGGGCACAGUUCAAUGCCGCCUUUACAUACCAGCGCAGGUAUAGCGGCCGAGUUGGUGAGCUGUAUCGAGAAAACCCCGUAUCCGCCUCAACUUUAUCAAGACAACCCACUAUUGGACUUUCUAUGGUGCGGUGCAGAGCAUGCUCCAGGUUUCAUGAUAGGACUCAAGUACCUUCUCCCUAGAAGAGGUCGGUCAGGUAUACUAGAGACCAUAAAGCGACUCUCAUUCCCGAAACUUGUUUCUCGUGUUAAUAAAAUGGCUGGCUAUCUUAUCUCGACAACACAGGCAGUCGACGUGAUACAUGGUGGCGUAAAAGUCAACGCGCUGCCUGAACGGACAACUGUCUUGAUCAAUCACAGAGUCAAUAUUGGAGAAACAUCAGACCUGAUCCGACACAAAAUUACCAAGCUAGCUGGUGUGAUUGCGAAACGACAUAACCUCACUUUACAUGCAUUUGAUGAUUCUGAAGAAAAAGAGUCGUCGAUAUUUGUUCGAUUUAUGGGCAGUGUGCUUGAGCCCGCACCCGUGACUCCUACUCACGUGAGCGAUGAAGAAAAAGAUACUCCGUGGUCCGUAUUAUCCGGCACGACGAGAGCUCUUUAUGGAAAGCAAUCCGAGAAGGGUCUCAUAGUCCGAGCCAUCCGCUCGGAAUAG